AUGAGAUUUUGUGUACUUGUUUGGUUCUUAACAGCAUUAGGUGGCACCUCAAAGAUAGACAUUCCUUGUCUUAAUGGACUGAAGUACAUACAGAUCGGAGAAAACAUUAAGCUGAAUUGUUUUUUUCCAUCUGUUGAUGCAUUAGCGUCUACUGCCUGGUUCAAACAGACUCCAGGAGAAAAGCCUCUUCUCAUUGCUUCUGCUUUUCACACUGUAGACAUUAAAUAUCAUAAUGAUUUUGACAAGAUCGGCCGCUUUAAUGCAGUAAGAGAAAAGAGCAGUUUUUAUCUGAGUAUCUCAAAUGCAGAACCGUCUGAUUCAGCUACAUAUUACUGUUCUGUCACAUUUUAUUCAGACACUGCAUUAUCAGACUGUACAGUCUUAGUGCUCAAAGGUUCAUCUUCAAGUCUCUCUGCUGUUCUCCAGCCUCCUGUAUCAGAUCCUGUUGAAUUGGGAGGAGAUACAACUUUGCAGUGUUCAGUACUCACAGAUACGUCUGCAGGAGAACACAGUGUGUACUGGUUCAGACAUGGAUCAGGAGAAUCUCAUCCAGGAAUCAUUUACACUCAUGGAAACAGGAGUGAUGAGUGUAAGAAAAGCUCUGAGACUGAUUCUCCUACACAGAGCUGUGUCUACAAACUCCCCAAGAGAAACCUCAGCCUCUCUGAUGCUGGAACUUACUACUGUGCUGUGCUCAUGUGUGGAGAGAUCAUCUUUGGGAACGGAACUAAACUGGACUUUGUAGAGAAACGUACUUUGGACCCAACCACUGUCGUGUUAGUGGUGUCAAACAUCAUCUCUCUGAGUGUGGCUUUAUUUGUGUGCAGAAAACACAGCAGUCAUCAUAAAGAUGCUGCUGAACGUCACACAGUUCAUGCGUAUCAGGCUGCAUGUGAUGAAGCUUCGUACUUUGCAGCCGAGAGUUUCAGCAAUGAACCACAGCAGAUGGGUGAAGAUGUGAACUCGAAGGUCAUUUAUUACCAACAAAACUGAACUUUAUAAAGCUUAUAAGACUCUCUCCCCUUUUUACGCUACUGUAAUGAUGCAGACUGAGGAAUAACUGGCUAAUUGCUAAUAGUGCAGUAUAUUUCUAUUAUUGUUGUUUUGUUGUUGUUGUGGU